AUGCCGGAACCAUGGGAAGAUCAAAUCGCGCAUUUCCAAGGGAUACCGUGGUGCGCCAAAGUCCUCUCGGAACCAGGCGUCAUCGUCAGACCCCUCGUCAGCCGCGAAUUCGACCCCGACAACCGCAUCUUUGAAUUCUGGGGCUCGACGCUCUUCAGCGCGGCCACGGUGCCAUUCUUCAUCGGCUGUUUUCACAUGCCUUCACCACCAUCGCAUGCCGACGAACAAUCCCCGGACAACCGGCCCCUCGACGAACUGUACAUGACCAAAGUCCGCUGCUUCCUGACUCUCGGCCACGGGCUGAGUACGCUGAAGAAGGAGUGGUGCCACGGCGGUGCCGUCGCGGCCAUAUUCGACGAAUGCAUGGGCGCCAUCGGGUUCAUCAAUAAGCUGCUGGGGUUCAUGCCCAUGUUGCCGCAGGUUACGCAGAACUUGAACAUCACGUACAUACAGCCGGUGCCGACCAUGUCGACGGUGGCCUGCACGGCGGCCUUGAAGCGGAUGGACGGGCCCAGGAAGUUCUCUGUCGAGGCGGAGAUCACUGAUGAGCAUGGGACGGUUCUCGCUAAAGCGGAAGCGUACUUUGUUGGGAUGGAGAAGCGCAAGAAGAGGCAAGAGAAGCUUUGA